UCACUUAUAAAUAGCUCACUUCCAUAUACAAAUCACAUCAACAUUAAACACUCACCAUAUUUUCUAUCCACCCUUGAGAUCACUCUGCAUUCACAACCACCAUGGCUGAAGAGAAGCACCACCAUCACCUAUUUCACCAUCACAAGGAUGAAGAACAACCCGCCGACACUCUCGUCUACUCCGAGACCACAUUUGAAGGCACGGAAACUGAAGUUGACUACAAAAAGGAAGAGAAGCACCACAAGCAUAUGGAGCAGCUUGGUGAACUAGGAGCAGUUGCUGCUGGUGCUUAUGCUUUGCAUGAGAAGCACAAGGCAAAGAAAGAUCCAGAGAACGCCCACAGGCACAAGAUACAGGAAGAGGUUGCGGCGGUAGCCGCCGUUGGAGCUGGUGGAUUUGCCUUCCAUGAACAUCAUGAGAAGAAAGAGGCCAAGGAAGAAGAUGAGGAGGCUCAUGGAAAGAAGCACCAUCAUCUCUUUGGUUGAAAAAAAAAAAAGUCAUAAAUUAAAGUAGACUUGAAAGAGUGUUGUUUGGGGUGUACUAUAGCCCCAGUUAGCAACUACCCUAAAUAAACAAUUUAGUGGCUGAUGAUGUUUUAUGUUUUUAAUCCUUGUGAGGAUGUCGUGUCUUUUGAGCUUUCAUAAUUUCACUAAUAAUAUGAUUGUAUUUGGCUUU